GUCUGCCAGACCACACGAAGAAGAAGAGAAGGUACCGCUAUCAUUACACAGAGGCUGAAAAAGAAAAAAAAGUAAGGCGUUUUCUCAAGAAAUAAAACUAGAAUUGAAUAUAAACGCUGACUGAAAUACAGUUGCCUGCUAAUAAGGUUUUGGCAGUUCAGAAAGAUUAUCAAUCCCUGCCCCAGUUUGGUCUGGAUAUCCCUUGGAGAGAAAUCCCGGCCAAAAUAGACAGGCCUGCUCUGCCACUGCCCCCUGCCACCUGGUGACUCUCCAGCCUGCUCUGCCACUGCCCCCUGCCACCUGGUGACUCUCCAGCCUGCUCUGCCACUGCCCCCUGCCACCUGGUGUCUCUCCAGCCUGCUCUGCCACUGCCCCCUGCCACCGGUCUCUCUGCAUAUUGUCCUGGAUGUCCUGCAGUCCAGAGGUGAAGGAUAUGGACCCCAUGGAGUGUCCUCUGUGUAUGGAGCCGCUGGAGAUAGACGACGUCAACUUCUUCCCCUGCACCUGCGGCUACCAGAUCUGCCGCUUCUGCUGGCACCGGAUCCGCACAGACGAGAACGGCCUCUGCCCUGCCUGCAGAAAGCCGUACCCAGAGGACCCAGCGGUAUACAAGCCCCUGUCAGCGGAGGAGCUGCAGAGGAUAAGGAAUGAGAAGAGGGCUAAACAGGUAGAGAGGAAGCAGAAGGUGACGGAGAACAGGAAGCACCUGGCCAGCGUCAGGGUGGUGCAGCGAAACCUGGUCUUCCUGGUGGGGCUGUCGCAGAGACUGGCCGACCCUGAGGUUCUAAAGAGGCCGGAGUAUUUUGUGAAGUUUGGGAAGGUCCAUAAAGUGGUCAUCAACAACAGCACCUCAUACGCUGGCUCGCAGGGUCCUAGUGCCAGUGCCUAUGUCACCUACAUCCGGUCAGAAGACGCCCUCAGAGCAAUACAGUGUGUCAACAACCUGGUAGUAGAUGGCAGAACACUGAAGGCUUCGUUAGGGACUACAAAAUACUGCAGCUACUUUCUAAAGAGCACGCAGUGUCCCAAGCCUGACUGCAUGUAUCUACACGAGCUGGGGGAUGAGGCGGCCAGCUUCACCAAAGAGGAAAUGCAGGUGGGGAAGCACCAGGAGUAUGAGCAGAAGCUGUUACAGGAUCUGUACCAGAACUCCAUCUUUACCACCCAGGCCUCAGGAGGGGAGACGACCAAGAGCUCUAACCCCAGCUCUUUACAGAGAUCCAACAGUAACAGUAGUCAUGGACAAGACGUUUGGCCAACGUUACAACCCACGGGGAAGACAACCAAUGGUCUGUCAGAGCACCGUAAGAGCCCGCCGUUGGACUCUGACCACAUGACACCGGAUGGACCGGAAUGUGACGUGGGUCUGGGUCUGGGCUCUGUGUCUGGCCUCCCACCCUUCUCCUCAAGCUGUGACCCCCCCAGCCCCGGUGACGCUCUGCCAGACUUCAUCAGUAGUAGUGCCACACAACAUGGAGACUCCUCAGAACAUCACAACCUGCUCCCAGACAGUGACUCUCCGUCGCCCCCUCCUGUCCUCUCCGGCCCUCCUGGUUUCUCCAAAGCCAACCAAGUGGUUCCCAUCAGUGUAGCUGGUCUGACUGCCCGUUCUCCCUUCCAGGGGGCUGCUGCCGAGUCCCAGUCUCUGUUCUCAGACAAUAGUAACUUCCGCCAUCCUAACCCCAUCCCCAGCGCCGCCACACAUAACAACCACGACACCUGGCCCACCGCACCCGAACCACACAGCCUCUUCACAUCAGAUACCAUCCCAGUAUCGUCCUCAACAGACUGGCAGGCAGCGUUCGGCUUCGGCUCAUCCAAACAACAGACCUCAGAAGACGACCUGGGAUUUGAUCCCUUCGACAUCACCCGUAAAGCCCUGGAGGACCUCAUAGAGAAGGAGCUCAGCAUUCAGGACAGCCUCCCGUCCCUGUCCCUCUCCCCUGGUCCCUUCUACCCCCACCACUCACUCCUCUCCUCUCUACCCACCAAAACUGUCCCUGGUCCCCCUGGAGGGCUGAUAUCCCAUAACCACUUCUCUGGGCUGAACUCUGGUCUGUCUGGUUUCAGUAGUAAUCACAGCUUCUCCCAGAUGCACCACCACCACCACCACCACCCUCAACAACGGGCUGUCUAUAACUCCUUCAGCUUCCCCGGACAGCCGCCACCUUCAUCCUCCUCCUCCUCCUCCUCCUCCUCGUCUUCAUCAUCACAGACCAACCGUCACCCCUGGAUGACGUCCUCCACAGCUGUAGCCCCGACACGCAAUAGCUUCACGACGCACUUCGGCGGCAGCCACACGCCGUCUGCCUCGGUGUCGCGACACAGCAGCCACACGCCGUCUGCCUCGGUGUCACAACACAGCAGCCACACGCCGUCUGCCUCGGUGUCACAGCACAGCAGCUUCCUGGACCUGAUGCUGCCCAGUAGGUCCAAUAUGCAUCACCACAGUACAGGGCUGGGAGGCAUCGCCAUGGCAGUGUUCACCACACGGGGGCGCCGCUGGGCUUCGGGCCGGGGGCCGGGUCAGUGUCGGGACCAGGGUCUGGUGGUCCGGGGGGCGUGUCACAUAGCCUUAGCCGGGACUGGAGCUCUGGGACGGGCACGACCAGCUGGAUGGAUCCAGCCAUCAUCGCAGGUUUCCCAUCGUCAGCAGGCAACAGUUUGGACUCCCUCCAGGAUGACAACCCUCCCCACUGGCUCAAGUCCCUUCAGGCCCUUACAGAGAUGGAUGCUCCGUCUGUCCCCAGCUCCACUGCUAACCCCCAGCAGUCCAACUCCCACUGCAGCCCGGUCCCCCCUCAUCACAGACCCAGCUGGGCCCCGUACCCACCCCCAUCCACAGGCUCUCACAACCCCCACCCAGCCAGCCAAUUCCACUCCCCACCUCCAGGCUUCCAGACUGCCUUCAGAACCCCGACCCAGACAGACCUGCUACAGAGCGCUGGCAUGGACCGCCACUAGAGUGCGACGCUGUGAAGUGGACUUCUGAUUCCCGUCGAUACAUAGCCUAUCACAGAAACACAAAUUAAACAACCAAAUCAGAUCUAUUAACAAAAAAAAACAAUAAGAUAUAUUCUUCUUCUUCUUCCUCGUGAGCUGUGUUUUCUGAUGUUGUGUGUUUCAUCUCGAUUGGUUAUGUUGGAUUGUUUCAGUUGGCCUAUAGAAACACACUACUAUCCCAGCUACUCUACCUGGCCCUGUCUGUCUGUCUGUCUGUCUGGCCAACCACAUCAUGAAUGAUAACAGUUACCACUGGGUUUUCCAGAUUUCAAUGGCAGCAUUAGGGACAGCGCCGUCAGGAUUGACCGCAAGCUAAGAGGGACAUUUAAAAAAAAAAAAAAAAAAGUCAAAACCAAGAUAUUGGUGAAUGAUCCAGAUGUUAGAAUGGAAAAUAUUGUGUUAUAACUGAACGUAGGGAAAAUAAAACCAUGUUUGAGGGGA